AGAUCAGUACAGCAUUUGUCUUUGUAAACCUAGACAUUGAACUCUAAAAAUCAUGUGUUAUAAAAAGUGUAACAACCUCGAACUUAGCCCUACAUCAAUGGUAAAUAGUGAGUACGUUGACCAGUAACGGGAUCAAUACGCGCCAAUAGAACCAAGUUCAAGUUGGCGCAUCGCCAUGACGACCGCCGCCAAACACUACCAGGUCUUGGCUCUACACCACACCCUUUUUAUAUACCUCUCUUGUGAACCAUGUUGUCAAGUCAACUUUAUUGGUAAUGUAACAAACAUAAGCUAAAAGGAAACGGCACAAAGCAAAUAUUCUAAAUACACGUGUUAAAAAUUAGUAAAAUUAUUACUGAAGAUUAUUUUGGAAAUAUUCUGGUGGUAUUGAUUUCAGGUUUGUAUUAAUAACUAAAAAAUGCAUGUAUCUUUUUUUUAAUUAUAAAAUCUAUGGGUUUUCUUCGUUUUUAGUUAAAAUGAGGCUUACGGGUUCCCGAGCGUAUACCAGACCGACACCAGUACCAAAGAUGCCUGUGGGAUUAGUAGAGUUAAUGGAAGGUCUGACAAAAGACGUGUUGAAACAGAAUCCUACUGAUAUUUAUGAAUAUUGCGCUAAUCACAUGCAAAUGUUGUUGAAUAUACGGGAUGGCCCAACUUCUAAACCAAUAUUGGAACAAAAAAUAAAACGUGCUCAAGAAAAAAUAAGAAGAAGGGCUGAAGAACGCUGGCAAAAAUACCUUAAAGAAAUGCAAGAAUCUGCUGCAAAUAGUGACCUGUUAUCUCAUAACUGUCUAGAACUUAAUGAACCAGAAAACACAAUAAAUAUAAAGCCUCCCAGUAGUCAGACACAUUCCGAAACGGAAAACACAAUAAAUUUGAAGCCUCCCAUUCACCCUGAAUUAAAUUUAAAAAAUCUUUCUGAAGUAGAAAUAUUCCAUGAGUUCAGUGGAAAUUUAAACAACCUGAAUCAGUUGGAGCCAAUUUUAAGUACAGAUAUUGAAACUAAAUACGUUAAUAAUGAUACCGGUAAUGUAACAAAUAAAUUAAAUAUUGAUUCUUUAAAUGAGAUUACAGAUAUUAUUUCGAAUGAAAAAAGUAAUAUACAAACAAACAUUGAAGAAGAAUUAUUAAAGGACGAUGUAAAUGCUAUUAAUUCUUUAGAAAUUCACACAUCUGCUCAAAACACAAAGAAUGAUAUAAAGAACGAUAAAAGAAACGAGGAACAAAUGUCAGACAUUAAAGACAAUGUCGCUGAGGUAAAAUUAUUAUCUCCAUUAAAUAAUAACCAUGAAAGUAAUAAUGAAGAUAAAACGAAUAUUAAUAUACAGACUCACCAGAAUGCUGAUGUCUCUAAAAAUGGAGAAAUGGAAAUUGAUAAUCAGAAUAAUGAGCUUUCGAUUAUGCAGGGAAAUGAAACUAAAGAAACAAAUCAGCUUUCCGAAUAUGUAUUAAACGAAACAGAUAAACCGAAUUCUAUAAUCACAGAACAAAAUAAUAAUUGUGGUCAUUACUUAAAGGAAAUAAAUGACAGUAUUGAUUUAACUAAAAACUUAUCUCACCAAGAAUCUAAAAAAAUAAUUGACGAACAAAUAAAGCUUACGGAGUUUACGGACAAUGAUAAAAUCAGUUACUCUGAAUCAAAAGAACAUGUCGUUAGGCUUAGUGAUGCUGGCACGCCAGUAAACAAAGAAACUACCGAUGAUACUAAAUUUGAAACACAAAUACUUACAUCUGAUAAUAAUUCAUUCCAUAAAAUACCACAUGAAUUUAAUGAAGACAGUGUUAUUGAAAAUGAAAAUGUAAAAUUGCAAGACAUUAACAAAGAAGUAAUGGAAAAUGUUGAACAAGAUGAAAAUAAAUAUGAUAUGCUUAAUAACGAUAAAUCAAUCGAUCAAAUUGAUCAAAAAACUUUAAUAGUUGAAAAGCAUCAUAAAAUCAAAGAUGAUAUCGAGUAUGACGCUAAAGUAGAAAAUCUUUUAAAGAUAGAAGAUGAUGCUAAUAGUGAAACCAAAGUAGAAAUUACAGAAAAUGUAAUCGUCGAGAAUAUUCAUAAAGGAGAACAAAUUGAGAAGAAUUAUGAGACAGAUGACAAUGGUAUAAAAAGUGACAUAAAUAAUAGAUAUGAACAACCUGAUGUGAAAAUUGACAUGAAAGUUACUGACUCGCGACCAUUUAUUGAAAAAAAUAUUGAGAAAGUUGAGGAAACUAAUAAUUCUUUGAUUUUGGAAAAUUAUAAUGAAACUAUUGCUGAACUGAAAUCUAGUAAUGAAAACGAAAUAAAUAACAAGGACACUAAUGUGUCUACGUUACAGAUGGCAAUUGAAAACCAUUCAUUAUCACAAGAAAAUAAAAGAGAUGAAUCUGCAACUGCCGAAAAUGAUGAGUUAAUUCAAAAUGAUACUGUGAUUUCAAUUGUGGACCCUGAAUUGUCUAAUAAUGCCGAUGUUAAAGUUGAAAUUAAAUCUAUAAGUUUUGAUGGAAGUACAGAUGGAAAUGAUAGUAGCGCCGAUGUGAAGUCUGCUAUAUCAGAAAACUGCGAAGAUUUGAAUGAAACUAAUAUCUCGAAUCCGAGUAACAUGGAUUUAGAAACGGCAGCGAUUACUAUACAGAAAGUAUUUCGCUCGUUUCUUUUCAAAAGUAGAGCAUCAACAUUGGAUGAUACAAACGAUGAAAUUAAUUCUCUGGAAGAAGACAAUAACAAGAAGGAAGAAAUUGAUUAUCAGAUAAUGAAUGGCAAUAAAGAAAGAAGAGGCAUAAGUAGAAUGGAUACUGUAUUGCAGACAGUUAACGAAGAAAAAUCACUAUCGUUGUCUACUGAUGAUUCUUCUUUAUCUAGUGCUGCUACUACUAUACAAGCCCAUGUCAGAGGUUUUUUAGUCCGAAAUAAACUACAUUUAAACAAAACAUCUACUAACUCGUUAGGUAAUUCUGACGGUACAUCCACAAUAUCAUUAGAUGGUGACAUUGAAAACAAUAAGAACAAAACCAUUCUUAAUAUUCAUAUUGUUCCCGAAGGAGGUAACUACCUCAGUAGAGAUGAAAGUGUACUAACUUCUAUGGAUAUAUCAUUAGAUGGUAGCCCACCUUCCUCUCUGAACUUACAUCCUUUGGGUUAUGAUAGAAAUGAAAGAAAACAACUAAAAAGAGAAGACGCUAUACAAUCUAUUUCGCCACCUAGUAACAAUAGUGGAAAAUUAAGCGAAGACAUUGAUUCCGUGAAAGAAAUGAUAAUUAACGACGGGGAACUAUCUUUAACUCAAAAUAAUGUGGGGAAAAAUCUCACAUACUGUGAGGAACAUCAAAUCGAUCCGCAAUUUUCUGAUAUUCCCUCUGAUAACACAACAAUUGAAAGUUUAGUGGAGACCGAAAAAACUCAUGAUAAAAAUAACAUAAACAAUCCGCAUUCAAAAGUACAGACUGAUGUUGAAAAACGCAAAGGAACCUUAACAAAAAUGAGUUCCGAUGAAAUGGAUGUAGUUACCCCAUUUCAAGAAAAUCCUCAUGAUAGUAAAUCGGCGGACUCUAAUUCUGCAUCGAAAUUAAUGCAUUCUAGUGAAUUUCAUGAUAUAGUUCUACCAACCAAGGUGUCGAGGAGUGACACAUCAGUCGUCAGGGGUGAGUGAAGACAUCUAUUAUCAGAAUUCAAGAGCGUGUUGGUUUACUUCUUACUGUGGAAUAACUCCUAAAAAAGAAAUUGAGUGCACGUAUCAUUAUAAUAGGUAUUAUAUUGGGUCACAAAACUAUUGUCGUAAUAACUUCAAAUGAAAAAAAAAUAUAAUAAUGGGAUGUUAUCCCAUUAUUAUAUAGUGUUACAGAGUAUUCUCGCGCUAGAAAAAUUGUUUGCCAAUGUCAUACUAAAAACUACUUAAUACUGUAAAAAUUUUGAAGAAAUUUGCAGUCUAAUAACCAAGUUCGCCAGCCAACCACUUUUUAAUAGUAACGAGAAUCAACCAAGCCGUAAGCUAAUAGUUGAUACUAAGUUGUUACUUAAUGCACUUUAGUUAAGUUGUUAAUUGCAUAAAAGAUAUCAGAUGCGCAUUAUCCAUCUAAAACACAGAAGCAGUGCCGAAUUAACUCAUUUCGCUCACAAAAAAAUACUGCUAUAAUACUUUACACGUACUAACUUGAAACAUGACGAUGUAAUAUAAAAUAAGGCAAUAAUAUUUUCAUUUAGGGUUAAUUAGAUACAAAAUUUAAAUGUUAUUUUCAAUUAAGGGAAAUAUUAAAAAAAUGAUUGUCGAGGCGCUGCGUCUCUAACCGAUGAGGGUCCCUAGUCCCU